AUGUCGAACCCAGUCUGGAAUGUAGAAAACAUCACCGACGUCGCCGAGUCCGUUGGCGUUGGUGCCCUCAACAACGAAGUCGUUACUCAGCUGGCUCAGGAUGUUGAAUACCGCGUCAGUCAGAUUCUGGAAGAAGCCCUCAAAUUCAUGCGCAAUGCAAAGAGGACCACUUUGAGCACACAGGACAUCUCUCAGGCAUUGCGCCUGCUUGACGUUGAGCCUCUAUACGGUUACGAAGCAACCAGACCUCUGCGAUUCGGAGAAGCCUCAAUAGGCCCUGGACAACCGCUAUACUAUGUUGAAGAUGAGGAGAUCGACUUUGAGAAGUUCAUAAACGCUCCACUACCAAAGGUCCCUCGCGAGAUCUCCCUCACAGCACAUUGGCUCGCCGUAGAAGGUGUUCAACCUUCGAUCCCUCAAAACCCCACCUCUGCCGACCAGAGACACCAAGAACUUCUUCCCAAGGGUCCUGGCGCCAAUCCCAAUCUGGCUGCUAUCGGUGGAAACGACAAUGUCGCUGUCAAGCCUCUGGUCAAACACGUCAUCUCGAAAGAAUUACAACUUUACUUCGAACGAAUCUGCAGCGCCAUUCUCGACGAGACCAACGAAGAGUUCCGCAUUUCCGCCUUCGCCAGCUUGCGCACCGAUCCUGGGCUUCACCAACUGGUCCCCUACUUUGUUCAGUUCGUCGCUGACAAGGUCACACACAACCUCAAGAGUCUGUUCGUUCUCAGGCAAAUGAUGCAAUUGCUAGCUGCUCUCUUGGAGAACCCAAGUCUGUACAUUGCUCCAUACGUCGCUUCUCUGAUCCCUCCGGUCCUUACAUGUCUCAUCGGAAAGCACCUCGGAUCUAUAUCCGCAGACGGACCAGAAGCACAUUUCGCGCUUCGCGACUUCUCCGCCUCGUUACUGUCAGCUAUUGCUAAGCAAUAUGGCCAAACCUCAGGCACUCUCAAGCCUCGUAUCGCACGUUCAUGUCUGAAGGAUUUCUUGGACUCACACAAGCCCUUCGGCACACACUAUGGAGCCAUUCUCGGGCUACGAGGCAUCGCUGGUGCUGCAGGUGUCCGGACGCUUAUUCUUCCCAACCUUCAGGCUUACGACCAGGUGCUUAAGCAGGGCCUGGCGGAUGAACAGAAGAAGGACCAAGCUGAACGCGUCGCAUUGGUGCUGCUUCAGUCGUUGGAGCUUCUCGAGCAACACUCGGCAAACAUGACCAACGGACACCCCGAAGGUGCAGAAUUGAAGGAACGCUUGACAGAAGCCAUCGGCGAAGUACUCGGCGCACGGGUAUAUGAGAGCGGAAGAGCAGGGCUUGUAUCCGUGGUGCUUGACAAAGACAUGGCGGUGUAG